AUGGAGGCCGAAAAAUCUGCCGCAAAUGCCGCCGCCGCCGCCGCAUCGCAGACCACACAGCCCGAUCCAGCCCACGUCCACAACCAGCCCGAAAUCGCCAACAUAUCCCUCGCUCUGCGGAUACCACCAUUCUGGCGCGACCGACCACGACUAUGGUUCUACAGUUUCGAGGCUGCCACCCACGACCAAAAGAAGGGUGAACAGAAGAUGGCGCAGAUGGUCAUCGCUCGUCUCGAAAAGCAAGACAUAGAGCAAAUCAGCGACCUCCUCUACAAUCCACCAGAGACGAACCCAUACCAGGCGAUCAAGGAGCGUCUCAUCACCGCCUACGAAGAAUCGGACAGCCGGCAAUUCCAAAAGCUUCUGUCCGAAAUGGAACUAGGCGACCAGAAGCCGACCCACCUACUACGACGGAUGCGCGAUCUCGCUCGAGACAGAAUUCCCGACUCCACACUACGACUCAUGUGGACCAACCACCUACCGGCACAUAUUCGCUCUGUCCUCGCCGUAAGCGAAUCGUUCAGCACGACAACCGCACUGGAAGAGCUUGCCCUACUUGCCGACAAAAUGAUGGAGCAACAUCGGGAAAUUUCCGCCGUCAAUAAUACUACAUCGUCGCCAUUAUCAUCACAAGCCCAGUCACCAUCGCAAUCGUCAGAUACACAAUUUCUCAUCAACGAAUUACGAAAACUUUCCGUCGAAAUCGCCGAACUGAAAUCAAGGCCGCCAUACAACAACAACAACAACAACAAUUAUCGAAGAAAUCGAUCCCAGUCCCGGAACCGCAACUAUUCUCGUCCCAACUCACGAGACAAUUCGCCAUCGCCACAUUGUUUUUACCACCGACGUUUUGGAGCACAAGCGAGAAAAUGUACAUCGCCCUGUUCCUACAUCACGAAAAACGAGAAGCCGGAAAACUAG